AUGACGGUGCCUGUUGAGAAUGGCCACGCUGGCCAUCACACAGCCCACAAUAACGGGGGCCAGAAUAUAGAGAAACUGGACGCGUUGAUCGUGGGUGCCGGAUUCGCAGGCAUAUACCUCCUGCAUCAGCUCCGCAAACGGGGCUUCAAAGUAAAAAUCGUCGAAGUCGGAUCUGGCCUGGGCGGUGUCUGGCACUGGAAUCGCUACCCUGGUGCCAGAGCAGAUACCCAGUAUCCGCUGUAUGCGUACUCGAUGCCAGAGGUCUACAAAGGAUGGACGUGGAAGACCGACUACGCCAACUCGGCCGACCUCCGGAGCUACUUUGAGCAUGUCGACGCGCAGCUGGACGUGAAAAAGGACACGCUUUUCCAUACCAAAGUGGAAUCAGCUACCUUUGAUGAGGCGACAAACACCUGGUUCGUGGUUUGUGACACGGGCAAGACAUUCCAGACCUCCUUCUUUAUCCCGGCAAUUGGAUUCUCUGCCAAGCGCUAUAUCCCCGAUUGGGAGGGCCUGGAUACCUUCAAAGGCAUGAUCCACCACAGCUCGUUCUGGCCAAAGGAAGGUGUGGAUGUGGCCGGGAAGCGUGUGGCAGUCCUGGGCUCCGGCUCGACAGGAGUCCAGAUCACGCAGGAAUGGGCCUCUGAGAUCGGCGACGAUGGCGAUCUGAAGAUGUUCCAGCGGACCCCUAACCUGUGCUGCCCCAUGAAGGAGCGGAACCUGACCGAGGAAGAGCAGACUAAGGAUAAAGAAGACUACGACGCCGUUUUCCGUGCCAGGCUCUCGACCUUUGGAGGGUUCCGGUUCCAGCCUCGGCCGGAGAAGAUGCUGGAGGCGUCGCCUGAAGAACGGCAGGAGAUGUUCGAGGAACUGUGGAAUAUGGGCGGCUUCCGGUUUCUGAUGAACAACUACUCCGACAUGAACCGCAACCUCGAAGCAAACCAGCAUGCGUAUGAUUUUUGGCGAUCGAAAACACUUCCCCGGAUUAACGACCCCAAAACCGCAGAGCUGUUGGCGCCCCAAAAGCCGCCUCACCCAUUCGGUGCCAAACGCCUAGCCCUCGAAGUGAACUUUUACGAGCAGUUUAACCGUCCAAAUGUACAUGUCGUCGACACCAAGACAUACCCUAUUGCUCGUUUUGUACCAAAGGGUAUUGUCACCGCUGAUGGCACACUCCACGAGCUCGAUGUGGUCGCUGUGGCCACCGGGUUUGACGGAAUCACCGGCGGCCUCAACGAUAUCUCGAUUCGUGGCUGCGGCGGAAGAUACCUCGCCGACAAAUGGAAAGCCGGGGUCCUGACAUACCUGGGAAUGACCUCUGCCGGCUUCCCCAACCUUUUCUUCACGUUUGGGCCGCAAGCGCCCACUGCGUUUAGCAACGGGCCGACCUGCGUGGAAAUCCAGGGCGAUUGGAUCACGCGAACCUUGGAGCAUAUGCGAGCGAGCAAGGUGACGCGGAUUGACGCUGUGCCUGAGUCCGAGCACGAGUGGAAGCAGCUGGUGCAGAAAUUCAGUGUGACCAAUCUGCGCCACUUCACUGCGUCGUGGUACAAUGGCGCGAAUAUCCCGGGCAAGGUGCAAGAGCCGCUGAAUUUUGCCGGAGGGAUUCCGUACUACAUUGAGACCCUGAAGGAUGUGACAGACAGGGGCUACAAGGGCUUCCGGCUAGAAUAG